CAUUAGAUAUUGAAAUUAGAGGGAAGGAUAUGUUAUGGGAGCAAAUUCAUAAGAUAUGGGAAGAAACUGCAUUAGAAACAUGCACCAAAUUGAUAGAAUCAAUGCCAGAAAGAAUAAAUGAUGUAAUCAAAGCAAAAGGUGGUUAUACUCGAUGGUGA